AUGGAAUUCAUGUCGGGGUUUAUCGAGGGUUUUAACUUUACAGCAACUAAGCAAACAAGCAAUAGAAUUACUGAGACAGAAAAGAAAGAAAGGACCAAACCAGGGCGGUAGCCGAAUCCUUCAGUAUGGCUUCCGAGGUUGCGGUUUGCAUCUGCAUCUAUAGGGCGACUUCCCUUCAAGCUUCAACGGAAAUGGCAAGUAAGAGAAAGCAUUCAACUAGGGUGGCCUUCAGCAGAUUUUCAAGAUACAGAGCCUCUAGGCCAGGUAACAAAUUGCAUAUAACCAGUCAUUCGGAUAUUGGAAGAUUUACAGAGAGUUCUGAUCUUGAACAUCUUACAGCAUCCAGUAGCAAUCAUUGUGUAACUAUUUCUAAACUUUUAGAUCCCAUGUCUAAUAACAGUGUAAUGAUAUCUGGUUAUUGGGUGGGACCUGAUAUUGAAGAUGGAUGGGGUUAUAUAGAAGCAUUUGUAAGUCAAACUUUUUGAUAAUUGAAUGUUCUUGGACAGUGUUGCAUAG